CAAUUCAAGUUGAGGAUCUUCGGUUACUACCGAAGAUCGACGUGAUUCGAUUUGCUUAUAUGUAGCUAUCGAAGGCAGCUUUAAUUAUUUUCAUCGGGCAAUUUUGGUGCAGCAGAUUGACAUUGCAUUACUCCGACGCGAGUUCUGUGUGUGCGUGUGAGAGAGAAAGAGAUCAUCAAUUUAGAUUUUGCAGUGAGGCGAAGAACCUGCUGAGAGAUGUUGGCCAUGGAAUCUCAACAGAAUGAUAAGGCUUUGAACCUCGCCAAGCAGGCGCUGGAAUCUCAUGCUAAGGAGACGCAGGAUAAGUUUGGCGGGCCUGAGAAUAGUUCGGUCGUUACUGCCCAGAUUGUCGUGCCAUCGCAGGUCGGAAAGAAGGCCGAGGAGAAAAUUGCGUAUUUACAAUCUGAAAAUGAUAAGCUGAAGAAGUCCCUGAAAGACUGCGAAGAAGCGCUUGCCAGGGCUAACUUUGAGACUGAGAAAUCUAACAAAGUAGCUCUAGAAGCUAGGGCUAAGAACUCUGAGUUGGAAGCUCGCGUCAAGGAUCUGGAGAGAGAGGUUCAAGGUGCUGGUGCCAAGGCCGCUGAGCUUGAGCUUCAAUUGAAGACGUCAGAUGAGAAGUUCGCCGAAGCUGUGAGGAAGAUGAAAGAGUACCAAUCCAAGCUCGGGCAAAUGGAGCAAACAAACGUGAAAUAUGAGGAGGAUUUAGUAGAUGUGCAAACAGGCUUGCAGGACAAGGAUAUGCAGGUUGAGGACUUGAGACAUCGGCUGGCUGGUAGGGAAGCCAUCCUUCAGAAGAAGGAAGCUAAGAUUAGCGACCUUUCCGAUAAGGCUGAUGAAUUCAAGUCGCGCGCAAUUCCAGCUGAAGAGAGGGCCUCAGAGCUUGAUUUAGUUGCCACAGACCUCAAAUAUAAAGCUGAGAGUGCAGAAUCAAAACUUACACAGGCCGAUGAGGCGAAUCAAAGGACAACGGCCUCAGCUGAGGAGUACGAGGAGGAGCUGAAGAGAUUUGUUUAACGCUGUAAUAUGUUGUCUGAUUCACUCGACAAUGAGAAGCAAAAGACUGUCACCCUUCAGUCCGAAAUUGAGGACAUGAAGAAGAGAUACAAUGCCAAUGCUGCGCAUGCACGUGUGUUGGGUGAGCGCAUUGCUGAGCUAGAGAAGGUUUUUGGUCAAACUUAGAAAGAAAUUGGCGAAGUUGAAUCCGACAAGAGGGAGUUGGAAUCUGAGGUUGUGACUGAAAAGAAGGAAAAGGAAGCUGUUGGCAACGAAGCCACAGAACUGAAGCAGGAGAAAAGGGGAUUGAUGGACACCAUUGAUGACUUUAAGAGCAGGAUGCUGGGAGCAUUUUCUAAGGCAGAGGAGAAGGAGGCUAAGGCUGAGGAAAAGGAUGUUGAGGUUGCCAAGAAAGAGCAGGAGCUUGAAACCACUGAGGAAAGCCUAGACGCUGAGGCCACGAGGGCGCAAAAAGAAGGAAGAAGCUGAAAAAAGCCUUUCCACUGAAUUAGACGCCACCAAAUCAAAAGCUGCUGCUUCGAAAACGGCCGCCAACAAACUGCAGGAGAAGGAGGCUGCUCUCUCCACUAAAGAUGAUGAUUUGAAGAGUCAUUAUGAUCGCCUCACAGAGUUGAGUACUAAACUUAAGAACCUGCGCAUCGAACGUGACGAGGCAGUAGAGAAGGCCGAGACCGAAGGACACAAGGUGAAGGCCUUGCAGGACAAAAUUUUGGACCUAGAGCAAGAAGUCGAGGCUAUGCACAUGAGAAACGGGGAGCUUGAGAACCAGCUUCGAAUGGUCGGGGUUCAAGUGGAGCAGCACAAAACCGCCAUCCAGGGCCAUGAGGAGGAAGCUAUCAAGAAGAGCGAGAAGGCAGCCCAAUUGCAGGAGCAGAUGAAGGAGACCAAGAAGGGUGUGAAAAGCGAAGAGAAACAGUUCGUGGAAAACGUGCAAGUGAAUGCAACAACUACAAAUAAUGCUUAAAUUGAUUGAUCCCAGCAUGUACAUGAUGCCGUGAGGUUUGGCAUUCAUGCAAGUCAACACAUCACGGGAUCACGCCGUCAUGGUUUUCUGGAAACCUACACGUCUGGGCUAAGUAACAUCAAGCCCAUCGAGAGUCAUCAGUGUACACACGGUAGUAGAAUCUGUUAGAUAUACACGUGAUGCUGUGGCGGAGCAUAUAUGGACAUUCCUAUUUUCUUAUCACAGCGGAUACAAGGUUCUGAUACAUCGUUGGCUUAUACCAGAUUCUCCCAUCUUAAAUAUGUCGUAAAGUAUUUGUGACCGCUGUGCGAUUAAGCGCUCGAAUUUGUGAAACAUCAACCGGAUUAUGUGAUGGGUAAUGAAAACAAAACCUUCCACGAGGGGAUUCUGUCACAUUACUGUAUACAUCAUCUCAAUCAAUUGGAAAAAUAAAGGGAAUUGUUGGAUUGAUCCACCGUUUUGUAAA